GGUGCAAAAGCUCUCGCCAAUGCAGGCAAUCUAUGUACCACCUGUCACCAAAAACCUCGUUUCUUCGAUGGGACAGCGCUGUCUCCUUAUUGUAGCAAGACCUGCAUGGCGAACGCGAAAACAGCAACCAUGAUUGCUCCGACGGCAGCGAUAGUGGCUCCAAUGGCCUUUAAAGCGACUCAAAUGACGUUCAAAGCAGCACCGAUGGCCUUCAAAGCGACACCAAUGACUUUGAAAGCUGCUCCGAUGCUCGCACCAAUGGCCGCAAGGGCGAAGGCACCCGCCAAAGCUAAAGCCACUAAUCUCUGUGUAGUCUGUCAUAAACGUCGCAAAUUCAAGACGUCUCAAUUCUGCAGCAAAGCUUGCGCAUCCAGAGUCAAAGGAAAAGGCAAACAUGUCGGCGGUACGGCAAAAACGCAAGCAGGCCGCGGCGGCGGUCGUGGUCGUGGUCUCUGCGAUUAUUGUCACAAAAACCGAAAAUAUGUGAAGGGGAAGACCGUUUACCCAUUUUGUGGGAAGGUUUGUGCGAGGAAGGCUAAGAAGGCGCGACCGAAGCCUACUGGACCGGUUUGCGCGAUACCAGGCUGUCACAAGCCAGUUUUCACACUGAAUGGAAAAGCAGGCAAAUAUUGUUCACGAGCUCAUGUCGAACUCGCAAAAGUAGCGUGUCUUGUAUGUCGCAAGCGAAAAAGACGCGGAAAAUAUCCCUUUUGCGGGAAAACAUGUGCUCGGCGAGCGCAAAAGAUCGCUCCUGGACUGUUGGAAGCCCCACCUGGGCACGUCAUGUUCAACGAUAUUGUGAACCAGUUCAAGAAAUCAUGGAGAAUAGCGACCGCUCAGGCUACUAUCAAGAAAGUGUACAAGGUCGUGUGUACAGGUUCUUCGGUAGCUCAGUAUAACAAGUAUCGUGCUGGCGUAGAAGCUCGUGGGCAUUUCAAGCGCCGAAAGUUGCCAGAGGGAAAUGAACGUAGACGCUGGCACGGGACGAGGAGAGAAUGCAAGCUUGGUGACCCAGGCAAUACCAAACUCUGCAAGGUGCCAACUUGCAAUGUGUGCAAUAUCAUGCGGUCAUCUCUCAAGGUGUCCCAAGCUGGAAAGAACUACGGUAUGAGAUUUGGAGCGGGUGUUUAUACUUCUUCUUCUUCCGAGACUUCGGUUGCCUACUGUCGCAACUCCCCAAACAACCCCUCACCCUACAAAGCGAUGUUUCUCACCAAAGUCGUUGUUGGCCGUACGAUUAAGCCCCUGAUGGACCAGCCGGCAUGGACUGCGCCGCCUGCGGGAUACGAUUCAGUGGUGGCGGAGAGGAACGUGAUUUACGGGGACGAAUUGGUGGUAUAUACGGAUAGGGCGAUCAGGCCUUCUUAUUUGAUUGUAUUUCAAUAACGUGGGGAUAGGGUGUUGACAGGCGUACGUCCAUGCUUAAAUUUCAGUCAAUUCGCGUUUGUUUGCUUCUGAGAUUUCAGAUGUCGAGUGAAUGCUGAGGUGGUUUUAGCUGCGCAUGCAUUU